CAAUUUAUUUCUUCUCUCGACAUUUCCUCUACUACAAAUCCUUUAAUAGAAAUGCCUACUUCAAAAACAACAACAACAGCCCCAACAGAUUAUUUAAAUGAACAAUGGAAUAUUUACAACAAUUCUUCCUCUUCCCCAACAACAAAUUUAAAUAUUUCUUUAAUCGGCCAAUCCCCCUCUUCUGCUGUAUAUCCCCCUCCCCAACCACCUCCACCUCCAAUUUAUCCCCCUUCUCAAUAUACUUCUUUAAAUAUUUAUUCAAACAAUUUAUAUAUCCCCUCUUCUUCCCCUUCCUCCUCCUCUUCUUCAAAUCCCCAAUUUAGUCAAUAUUUACAGCAACAAUUAAUUGAUAAUAAUUCUUUAAAUUUAUCUUCAUAUCCCUCAGCUUUUCAAUCAACAAUUAAUUCAGUAAUUAAUAGUAGAGGGGAAGAAGAUCAACAAAAAUAUAUUGAAAUAAAUAAACAAUUAAAAAAUUGUAGAAAUAAGACAUCUUCGACUAAUGGAGAAUCUACAAAUAUAACAACAAAUCAAAGUCCCCCAAUACACAAUAUGGAGGAAUUAACCGUUCACGAAAUGCAAAAAAUUAAAAAUCAAGGAAGUUAUGGUCCAAAUAAGCCUCCAUAUUCCUAUAUUUCUUUAAUUUCUAUGGCUAUACAACAAAGUGAUCGAAAAAUGUGUACAUUGAGUGAAAUAUAUAAUUUUAUUAUGGCAUAUUUUGAAUAUUACAAAAAUCAUGGUCAGCGUUGUUCUUGGCAAAAUUCAAUUAGGCAUUCUUUAUCUUUUAAUGAUUGUUUUGUGAAAGUUCCUCGAACCCCCGACAGACCGGGCAAAGGUUCUUUUUGGACUUUACAUGCUUUGUGUGGGGAUAUGUUCGAAAAUGGAUGUUUUUUAAGAAGACAAAAACGUUUUAAACUUAGCAAAACUGAGAAACCUGAAAGGCAAAGAAGAAAUAAUAAAUUAAAUUUGGGGGGAGAAAAGAAGGCUAACAACAAUUUAAAUAAACAGAAAAAACAACAAAAAAAUUUUAAUUCUUUAAUUUUGACUGAACAAAAAUUAAAAAAGGAAAUAUUAGACUCUUCCGAUUUAAAACCUUUAAUUCAAACAAAUAUAUUAGAACAUCAACACCAACAACAAUUAAUUGGAGAAGAAGGAAAUAAUAAUAAUUUAAUAUUAGAUAUUAUUGGAGACAAUAAUGAAGAAGAAAAAUAUUCAAAAAUAAAUAAAAAUAAUAAUUUUACUAAUUUAAUUAAUAGAGGAAGACAAGAAGAAAAUACAAAUAAUUUACAGCAACAAAUUGAAAUAUUUAAUAAUAAUAAUUUUGAAUUAGCUAAUUUAACACAAAUUCAAUGCCCCUCAAGUUCUUCUGAAAUUUUACAAGGAAAUAAUUUGUGUGGAUCUCCUUCGGUUAUUUCUUCUAUUGGAGGGGGAGGGGGACAAUUAUUAUCUUCUUCUUCUUCAAUUUAUUGUCACCAAUUCCCAAAUUCCUCAGCAACAGCUAUAAUCCACCCAACACCAAUAACUACACAACAACAACAACAACAAUUUCCCCAACAAUUUUAUUCUUCUUCAAAUAAUUUAAAUUGUGCAAGUCCUCAACAAUUAAUUAAUUCUCAACAACAACAAUUAUUUAACCCUCAACCUUUAGUUAAUAUUCAUUUAAAUUUUAAUCAGCAACUUGUUGACUAUCAAGUGUUAUCUUCUAAUUUUCCACAAGAAUAUACAAAUGCUUCAAUGAUGUAUAGUGGUGGUAAUAUAUCUGGGGGAGGGGGGCAAACAACACAGACAAUUUAUAAUGGAAAUACAAUGAAUCCAAAUUCGGCAACAAACCUCUGA